AACAUCGUGGCGAAAUUAUUUUCUGGGUUGUGUUUUGUUUUGGAAAAGAAACCUUUCAACCCUUACUUGAGAUCCACAAUGUCUCUUCAAGAGCGUCUAUUGAGUAUCGUGGAGAAGAAGAAGUCUAAUCUUUGCGUGGCUGCGGAUUUCGAAAACAGCGCCGAUGUUCUCCGGAUAGCAGAGCAAGUUGGACCACACAUAUGCAUGCUGAAAACACACGCUGAUAUCCUGGUAGACUUCUCUCAGGAGUUUGUCACGUCGUUGCAGGACUUGGCCAAGAAGCAUAAUUUCCUGAUUUUCGAGGAUCGCAAGUUUGCAGACAUUGGAAAAACAGUUCAGCAUCAGUACUCUGCAGGUACGUUGAAAAUCAGCAGCUGGGCUGACGUUGUUACAGUGAAUGUCCUGCCAGGUCCAGGAGUCAUUCAGGGUCUCAAAGCUGCACUAUCUGAACAGGAGCAAAGAUCACGUGGUUGCCUGGUCAUUGCUGAAAUGAGCUCAGCUGAUAACUUGGCCACUGCAGACUAUACGAAACAUGCUGUGGAAAUCGGCGAGGCAGCCGGUGACUUUCUCUUGGGAUUUAUCUGCCAGCAUCGUGUUUCGCAAAAGCCAGGUGUACUGCACUUCACACCAGGAGUGAAAUUGCAAGCCGGAGGCGACAACCUGGGCCAAUGUUAUCUGACGCCGGAAGAAAUCGUUGGACGCCGUGGUUGUGACAUCAUCAUAGUUGGCCGGGGAAUAUGUCAAGCAGAUUGUCCUGCAAGCACAGCUCAGACUUACCAGAAGGUUGCAUAUGAACUAUAUCAGAAGAGGCAGUGAAAGGAUAUGACUGUGGUAUGUUUUUAGGAUGUUUGGUUUUGGUUAAAGAAUUUUAUAAUGUCAACUCUCCAAUUCUCGGUUUCUUGGCCUUCGUCUCUCUCUCUCUCUCUCUCUCUCUCUCUCUCUCUCUCUCUCUCUCUCUCUCUCUCUCUCUCUCUCUCUCCCUCUCUCUCUAUUUCUAUCUGUCUUUCUGUCUGCCUCAUCUUUUCUGUCUCUCUUCCACCUUUUCCCAAGUGGGUUGAGUGUGGUAGGCCUCGUUUGGUGUGACUAGUGUGCUAGUGUUAUGAAUUAGAAUUUAGAACUCUC